AUCCCUUUUUUUCUCAGCUGUGCCAUUAUUCUGCCGAACAGUUUGGUAUUCGUUAUUGGAGGAGUUUAAUUGUGAUAAUAACAGUUAUUAUUGUUUAUCGGAACGUCUGUGAACGCGUUAAAACUUCGAAUUUUUGAGCAGAAUCGAUUCUUUGCGUUACCAGAAGAACCGAACCUCUUGCACACUUAUUUCGCAUCGUUUUACGUAUUUUUUCUUCACACCAUUGUAAAUGUAGAAACACGGAAAACAAAAAGUCACCCAAUAUCUUUUGUUUCGCUGCUGACCGUAUAUUUGCCGACUCCAUUGGAUAUUUUGCUCUUGUGGGUCGGUUUUACAAAAACAGCAUACGAUGAGCUCUAAGGAUAAAGACAAUGCGUUGAACAAAUUGAAGCAGUUUUUUCGUAAUUCGAGAACAAGCGGAAGUAUAUUGAUUAUUGCCGUUAUGUGGGAGAGGAGACUAGUUAUAUCGUUUUGUUUAUUUUUUUCAGCAAUGCACCGAGAUCGUAGUUUUAUUUGUAUAACGCCGGAUCUGGAACGUGAAUUGCAGCCGGAAACACCUGUCGGGCAACGUUGUAAGGUACUGAAGGACUUCAGUGACGACGUUCUGAAAUAUCGUUUGGAGAAGAAUGCUGUGCAGUCACUGUGGCAGUUAACGAAGGAUCUAAUUGUCAACAAAUCUACCGAACAGAGACAUGUCGCACUGAAUUUCUACUGUAAGUUAAUCCAAGGACAGUAUGACAAUCUGCAUCUGAUGCGGUCACAAUUUUUCCGGGUCAUCGUUACCCACGAUGAACCAGAGGACAUUGCAUAUCGACUAGAAAUGCUGAAAAGCUUGACUGAGAAUGGCAAAAACAUUCAGUACUUCGAAAGGGAAAUUGGAUCAUUUAUAGUCCAGUGGAUUCCACAAAUUGACAAAGCUGGACUGAUCGUGUCACUGUUGGACCUGAUUGUUAACCUAGUGAAGUACAAUGCGGCCAGUUUGGAAAAGAACUUUCAAGUUGGAAUUGUGCACUAUAUUUUUGACAUCACAUGCAAGGUGGAAGAUAAUCAAACAAUUCUGCGCUGUCUCUCUGUGCUCGACUGUUUUAUCUGUUAUGCCAUCGUUCCGAACGAGACUCUCACACUGUUUAUAGUGAUCCUAUGCCGAACAGUCAAUCGGGAGUCAUACUGUACGACAUCGUGGAAAAUCAUGAAAAACCUGUUCGGAACUGCUCUUGGACAUGCUACUCUGCUGACAAUGUGUAGCAUUUUAAAUGACAAAACCUUCUACAAGGACGAAGCUCUACUGCGUGGCGCUAUCUUUCACACAAACGUUGGACUGUGGGGUGUUAGCGGCACUCCCUUGCCAGUUCUGAACAGUUCACCAUCGAUUGUUCUGUCCAGCUUUCUGAACGCACUCAGGUGUGAACAUGUUGUGGUGACGUACGAAGUGAUUCUCAGUAUCCAUCGGCUCAUCCAGAAAAUUGGCUCGGAUCUGAACGAACCAACGUGGGACAUCAUUUGCGACAUAAUGGUUAUGAUCUCGUCUAAUUUAGCCAAAUACCGUUUGCCCGCGGAAAACUACGUCGUGAAGCACUUCCAUGAUACGCUAGAUCUAAUCGAGGAACAGCAGGGACGGGAUGAGAUAAAAGCUGAUCCCGAAAAAAUAUUUGGACUAAUCGAGAAAGUAUCUAGCGAACGCUCGGAAGCGUCUGUGAGGAGACUAAUCGAGUACAUGACAACAAAAAUUUCGGCAACGCGUCCCCAGUGGCUGCUGGAACUCUGCUCGUUUAUGGAUCGUUUCUACAAGAUGCCUAAUACAAUGAUAAGGAUAUACGCUGUUCAAGCGCUAGUUCGAAUAAUGACAACGAAUCGUACGAUUUACGAAGAAGAGAUUCUAGAACGAAUUGUGUUGGUACACUUUGGAGGAGUGAUCCACGAGACGGAUCCAGAGGUGAGAGCGGUCGUGGCCAGUGCAUUGAUUGACUUCGUAAUGCACUGUGAUACCAAGCGUUGUAUUGAGCUAUUGGACAUAAUUGGAAAGAUGUUGCACCGUCCUUACGAGUGCUAUGUCCAGGAUAGAAUUAUCGUAAACUCUCCCAGAGACGUAGAGGAUAUCAUCGUUCUUGUUGACGGGUUGAUAAAGGUCUUCACUGUAAAGUUGUACAGACUACCGUCAACACAUGCCAUAAGGGUUUACCAUUUACUGAUGCGACUGCUGGAAGCUCAUUAUGAAAAACCAAGCGUGUUUCAGAAUGUAUAUAUCGUUCGGUAUAAGAUAUUUUCGUGGAUGUUGAAGGCGCGGGCGAACGCAUCGUUCCAUAUUGGAUAUCCGGAUCCGGACAAUGGGUACAAAAUACGGUUCAGUCAUUACCUGGGAAUCGAGGGUCAGUACCAGCAUCAAAGUAUGCAGCCGCAGCAGCAAUCGAUACAACAAACAUCAUCAUCGAGCCAGAUCAAUUUGUCACAAGAAAAUGUUAAAAUGAGUGAAUCAAGUCAGUCGUCUAACUUGACAACGCUUUCAAUCAAACGAGGCUGUCAAAUAAUCGUCGACUGCUUGAAAGAAGAGAAAGAUUGGUUGGUUAUUCAACUAGUGCUUUCUGAGCUUCCAAACAUAUUGGAAAACAAAGCACUUAUUCAGGGGAAUGACGUGGAAUCACUAGCAAGAGCAUUGUUUCGAAUGUACAACGACCGAAUGUUAGUGGAAAAACUGCUCUUCUACCAGAACAAACCGACACAAUCCGAUAUCUACGAUCUGGUGCUGCCAGCUUUGGCAAGUUUAGCAAGUUAUCACCAGCAUUUGGAAUCGGCUACUAAGAAAAACAUAAUCGAUGCCUUGAAACAAGGUUUGAUUUCGAGAAAGCCCCAAGUUUGCAUCCAAACAUUGACAGUUUUGUUGCUUGAAAUGCCGGAUCCACUGGUUUCCAAACUUAAUGAUCUUCUCUUCGAACUCAGCAAAAUGACGACCACAACAACCGUAGCUGUUCCGGUGCUGGAAUUUCUCUCUACCCUCAGUCAUUUACCAAGUGAUCGGAUUGCGAAUUUCCGCGUUGUCGAGUACAUGUAUGUAUUAGCGAUGUCUUUUCCGUACACAAAUCCGUAUCGUUAUGAUCACUACACGGUAUCUUUGGCUCAUCAUGUGAUCGCCGGUUGGUUUUUGAAAUGUCGCCUACCGAUGCGUAAAAAUCUGGUAUAUUACAUUGUGAAAGGCUUCGAAUCGUAUGUUCAUACGCCAUUCCAGGACGGAUCGAAACCGCGCCCAGAGGCUUCUCAAGCUAACGAAGAUUCAUCGAAUCGGAAACGUAGCUCGAGUCUUACCGAACAGGGUUCCAAAAGGAGAAGUGCAAGCGAUCGAGCAUCAAUGCAGCAACAACAGCAACAGCAGCAUCCAAAUUCUCAGCAACGUAGCAGCAGACCCCAAUUCAACAGCGAUCUUUACCAUUUCCACUCGGAGCUAGCUGAAACGUGUAUCGAUUUUAUGGCAAAUCAUACCUUUUCCCCUUGCUCUGGUUUGGCAAAGAGGAGUCCUGCGGCUGAGUUCCUUCUCCGCGGGGGACAAUCGAACACGUGGUUGGUGGGACACAAUCUAAUAACCAUUACCACCUCAGGAUGCUCGGCUAUUCCUCUGCGCAACGGGUUGUGCGAUCGGUGCUACACAAUGUGCAAGGAGAGCAAUAUAAAAUCGGAACCCAGUACCGCAAGCACGGGGCUACCAUUGUCUCCCGAAUCGAGUAUACCCGGCAGCAGCAACACGACGGCGGCUGAGAACCAUUCUGUCAACAAAAGGUAUACCAAAGCAAGUUUGCAACACAGUAGCACAAACGAAUCGGACAGCACCGAUUUGACAACCAGUUCAACGUCUUCGUCGACAACUGCAACGCCGUUUCCACAAACCGCCGCCGCAAACAAUCGCUUCUUCCGUCAGGGCUCUCAAGAGGCUACCUACGCUUCGGCUUCACUUGACACACCUGCUCGCCGGGGAAGCAAUCCCGAAGCGGCUGAAAAUGAACCGGCGAGUGGCACUGAGCACAUGCAGCAAACUGGCUCUACGGCCGCCGUCACCCGUUCCGAGUCAACGUUGAUGACAACACUGGGCAAUAAGUUGAUUCUGCCCCAGCAUCUCAACUCGGCCACCAACAGCGGCGGUGUUGUGAUCGAUAAUGUGAACGACAAACCAAUUCAGUUGUGUGCGUGUUCCUGCACGGGCUGGGCUGAAAUCUGUAUUCGGCGUCCCACCGGAGUGCUAUCGUGGAUGAUGCGGGUUCAGAAUCAGAUCAAUUACGAUGCUUCCGCUGGCGAAUUUCCACUGCAAGACUUGACAACGCUGUUCGUGCCCAAUAUAGGCGGAGGCAUGAUAGGAGCUGAUUUCUUCAGCAGAACUCAGCAAAACAUGAGCAAUCCAAUUACUUCGACGGCCAGCUUCAACACCGAGGAAGCUGACGGUAUUUCCGCACAGGUUCUGGUUCCCUCUGCUGGAUCUCACAAAGCCAAAGUGUCCAUAUCGGAUGAAGUUUUCGAAAUAAGAAAAUCGGACGAAAGCAGUGACAUGGGUGACGAUGAUGGAUCCGAGGAUGCAAUCGCUGUUACAGGGACCGGCGGUACAGGUCCGAUUGAUAUUCCAAGGUAUGGUAAAUAUGAUGACAAUGAAAAUGGGAUUGCCGAUGCCGCGAGAAACGACGAGGAAGAUGUGGCUUUUGAUGAUCCAGAAGGAAGGUCGCGGAAUCCUGUGAGAAGAGUUAAUUCAAGCCCUGAAAUGAGUUCUAAUUGGAAGAGCCAAUUCAUGAGCAAAGUUAAUAAGGAAGGGCUCGUUGGAUGUGAGGGAAGUGAUAACGUAACAGAAAAUGAAGGUCAACAGAAGAAAAAGAAUUAUGGUAAGGGUGUUAGCUGCGAAGCAAUUCCGGAAGAAAUCGCAGGAUCAACGCCACCAAGCGGUACGAAACCAGUGACCUCUAAUGAGACAAUGAACAGCAGCUAUACUGUUAGAGCAUCCAGUAAUGUAAAACAACAGGGUGAAUUUCAUAAAACAACAAAUACACUGCAUCCGUCGGCAUCGUUGCCCGAGUCUGGGGGACCUGAGGCAUCAAGUAGCGGCAUACCACGGAAGCAACAUUCAGCUGAUGAUGCUCUACCUGCCAGAUUGGAUGCCGGUGGUUCUUCUGCCGAGGCAAACGCUUCGCCGACAGCGAUGCUGCCUAUUGCACAGACACUUUCGUCAACGUCACUAAAUUUGAAACUUCCUGUGGAAAAAAUCGCCACCAAGCCUCCCCACUCACCAGCUCCACUCUCUCCCCGGCUGCUAGCUCGCAAUUUAGCGAAUGGUAAACUGUCAAACUCGGGUACUGCUUCUCCAGCAUUUCCAAACAUCUCUGGUGGUGGAAUAGGACCGUCCACCAACUCGAAUGAGAACGAUAUCCCAAGGGGGCGUUCGAAGACAAUUUCCGUCGCUCGAGAACAUUACAGUCGUGACAACCUCAAAUGGGGAUACAACAAGGCCACAAACGCUUCUAGACUUCGUGCUGAACAACCCGGCGGAGGUUCGAUAUCCCGAUCGGUUAUCAGUCCCAGCUUCGUCUUCCUACAGCUGUACCACAGCGGACAGCUAAAUUCAACGGAAAAGCCGAUUCUGAUGACAAAAGCUUCCAGUGAGAGAGCUAUCCACUUGCUCGAUCUGAUUGCGCCUUUCGAGAAGCACAAAAUAGGCGUGCUGUACGUUGGUCCGGGACAGGCUGGAAAUCAAACGGAAAUACUGAAAAAUCGUUUUGGUAGUUUAAGAUACGCCAAAUUUCUGAAAAAGCUUGGCACAUUAGUAGCGAUCAAGGAAGCCAAAGAACACAACUUUUUUAUAGAUUUAGAGUGCAGUGGAAAGGACGGCAAUUUUACCUACAUAUGGCAGGACGACAUCGUACAGGUAACGUUCCACGUUGCAACAUUGAUGCCGAACCAUAAGCACGAUCCGAAUUGCAACGAGAAGAAAAAGCAUAUCGGAAAUGAUUUUGUAACGAUAGUUUACAAUGAAAGCGGGGAAGAGUAUGACCUGCGAACGAUAAAGGGUCAGUUCAAUUACGCUUGUGUGGUUAUAGAGCCAAUGGAGUUGGAAAGUAAUCGCAUAUUUAUGCUCGCACGUGACGAAAUAGCUCAACAUGUUCGCAGUAAGCCGAAAGUUAUUUCCGAUGCUAGUGCACCUUUGCUUGCCCGACAGAUGGCACUGCAUGCGAACCUCGCAUCAUUGGUGUCGCAAUCUUUGGAAAGGAAAAAUCAGAGCCCAUAUGCCUCCAAUUGGUUGGAAAGGCUUCGAAAAAUUAAGAGUAUUCGCGCUAAGGAACUAAGUAACAUGGAUUCACACGAGCAAACAGGUGGCGGUGGGGGUGGAAGCCGGAGUGCUGGGGGAAGCGUUGGGUCUGCACAAGAUCUGAACACUUCCUCGACAACGCGAGGCGACGAUUUCACUAUUUAUACUCAGUAGAAAGAUUACUUCACCGAGAAGAAAGUUCGCUUGGACCGAGAAGGAUGGAUGAUUGUGGAUGUAUUGUUCAGCUUCUCCCACUGUUAACAAAAUUUAAUUUGACAUUAAUCCUUCAUAUCGAUAAAGAAUUAGUUAUAUCGGAGGAAUAAAUUUUUAUUGAGAAAUAUGCAAUUUA